GCGUUUCCUCUCCUGCUGAAACGGCGUGCUCACUCGCUGUCACCAAGCCUGGGAGGCUGCUAUUGCAAGGCCACCAAAGCCUGGUCUGAGAACCAGAGUGCCGACCUCGGAUUGGAUGCAUCUUCAUCCUGGUGUCAUAUCAAGAGGCUGCAGCUCCUCCCACCCUUUUGGUGCCUGUGCUUUUAAAUUUUAUCCCUGUGCCCAGUUUUGGAGCCAGCCUUCCUGGAUCUGCUGGCCAAUGGAGAGACCACACAUUGUUGCCUAAGAGACCCCGGAUGCCAGUGACAUGAUAUAUAGAUGGUGAUUGGACUGGUGGAAGCUGGGAGGGGUGAAAGCUGGAAGGAGUCAAAGAAAAAGCUGGCCUAAUGCAGCUAUGGCAACAUCAGCGCUUGGGGUUUGAAGAGGGAGACAAGCUGAAAGAGGAAUAGCCUUUCUUAACGAAGAAUAUCCAGUUAUUUCAUGAUGGCAUUUGCACCUCCAAAAAACAUAGAUAGUCCCAGAAUGCAGACAAAGAUGAGUACCUGGACACCUCUAAACCACCAGCUUUUGAAUGACCAGAUAUUUGAAGAAAGAAGAGCUCUGCUUGGAAAAUGGUUUGACAAAUGGACCGACUCUCAAAGGAGAAGAAUCCUCACUGGCCUGUUGGAACGCUGCUCCCUGUCACAGCAGAAAUUCUGCUGCCGAAAGCUUCAGGAAAAAAUUCCAGCAGAAGCCCUGGAUUUUACUACCAAGCUGCCAAGGGUCUUAUCUUUAUAUAUCUUUUCUUUCCUGGACCCCCGAAGUCUUUGUCGUUGUGCACAGGUGAGCUGGCAUUGGAAGAACCUAGCUGAGCUGGACCAACUCUGGAUGCUCAAAUGUUUACGGUUUAACUGGUGCAUCAAUUUCUCCCCAACUCCCUUUGAGCAAGGUAUAUGGAAGAAGCACUAUAUUCAAAUGGUGAAAGAACUUCAUGUUACCAAGCCUAAGACACCUCCAAAAGAUGGAUUUGUAAUUGCCAAUGUCCAGCCAGUCACAAGCCAUUCUCCAGAGGAAAAGCAGUCCCCUUUACCAGCUUUUCGGUCCUCCUCCUCUUUAAGGAAGAAGAGUAACCCUGGAGAGAAAGAACUUCCACCGUGGCGAUCCUCGGAUAAGCAUCCAACUGAUAUCAUUCGUUUUAAUUACCUAGACAACUGCAGCCCCAUCGAGCAGGUCUGGCAAGGAAGAAGAAAAAGAAAUGAAAUGACUGUAGAUUUCAGCCGACAGUCACGUGAUAAAAACAAAUUGCAGGACAGAUCUAGGCUAAGAAAAGUCCAGUCACUGAUGUCCCUGAGCUCCAGUUUCCCUCUGAAAACUCCAGCUCAUCUGUCCUGGUCUUCUCAUCAUCAGUGGGACACCCAGUCACCAAAGCAGCCACUAGAAUUGACAUGCAGCAUCUCCACAGACACUCAGCUCCCAUUGUUACCUGUCCAGGGUCCAGAGCUGAAGCUGAUUUAGAAAUAUGAAUAGACUUAUAUAGAAAUGACGAGAUUGCUGGGUGUGUGGUGGAGAGUUGAAUUUUACUUGGCUUCCCUAUUAGAAACUCUUUCCAGACCAGCUGGUGAGAUAGUGGUUAAGGCAACUGAAUCCCACAUGACCAACUGUGUGGUUUGAGUCCUGGA